UUGUUAUCGCAACGUCCACCAUCGAUCAGCCAAGAGGCCAUCCCUAGUUACCAAAUCGUAGCAGGGUUAGUCAAUAAGGAUGGGCAAUUAUUGCAGGACAAUACUACCGCCAAUCCUGCAUAUCAACAUGCAGGUUUAAUUGCAGUGCUCAGAAACCAUUUAUAAGAAUGAUUAAUUUCCCGCAUCAACAGCGGGUGCUGGCUGGCUUUCCCUCCCCGAUUGUUCACACCAACCUCACGAAUGGACCAUGGCGCCCAACGAGGUCAAAGACCUCAAGAUCUCGCCAGCCAUGCCUGGUGGCGAAGACAUCGCUGUGGCAGACAGCGAGCACCUCAAAUCCAGCAACCAUCAUGAGCCCUUCGAAGUCUUCCAACAGGAAGAAGGCCAAGUGGAUUUCCGGACCGUCAGCUGGAUCCGAGCAUCAGCCAUCUUCCUGAAAAUGCUCUUCGCGACCGGUAUCCUCUCCAUUCCGUCCGUCAUGUACGAUCUCGGCGCCGUGCCGGGCGCCCUCAACGUGCUGGGCUGGUGCGGCCUCAACACGUACGGCGCGCUCGUGCUGGGCGACUUCCGGGACCGGUACCCGCAAUGCCACACGGUGGCCGACAUGGCGCAGCUGAUGGGGGGACCUAUCUUCCGGGAGGUGGUCGGGUUCCUGUUCAUCAUGACCUACGUGAUCACGGCGGCGUCGGGGGUGAUCGGGGUGUCAGCGGCGUUCAACGCGCUGUCGCUGCACUCGCUGUGCACGGUGUGGUUCUCAGUGAUAGCCACCGUGAUCAUCGCACUCUGCGCCAGCGUGCGCAAGUUUGCCCAUAUCGGUUGGCUGACCUGGGUGGGGUUUGCGAGUAUCCUCGGGGCGGUGUUCAUCAUUGUCAUUGGCGUAACAACCCUCUCCCGCCCCUCGACCGCCCCCCAACAGGGCCCCUACGACCUGGGCUACCACCUGACCAACCACCCAACCUUCGCCGCCGGCAUCACCGCCUCCUCCACCAUCUUCGUCUCCUCCGCCGCCACCUCCGCCUUUCUGCCUGUGAUCGCCGAAAUGCGACCCCCGACCGCCCCCGCCUACCGCAAAGCCGUCGCCCUCUGCAUGACGUUUAUCACCGCCAGCUACCUAACCUUUAGUCUUGUACUGUACCGCUACUGCGGGAAAUGGGUCGCCUCCCCGGCGCUGGGCAGCGCAGGCCCCGUGCUGAAGCGCGUAGCGUACGGCAUCGCCCUGCCGGGGUUACUCGUCAGCGGGGCGCUGUACAUCCACGUCGCGGCCAAGUACCUCUUCGUGCGGGUGUUAAGGGGCUCGCCCCAGCGGAGACGCCAUCUGCAGGCCAACACGCUGGUGCACUGGGGCACGUGGCUGGCGUGUGUGGUGGGUAUGGCGGCGACGGCGUGGGUGUUGGCCAGUGCGAUUCCGGUGUUUACGUAUGUGUUGGCGUUGGUGGGGGCGUUGGGGUUCGCGCCGCUGGGGAUUAGUUUGCCGGGAGUCUGUUGGUUGUAUGUUAAUGUUUGGCGAGGGAGGGAGGGAGAACAAGAAGGUGAGAGGAGUGAUCGGGGGAGGAAGAAGAAGAAGGAGAAGAAGAAGGAGAAGAAGAAGAAGGGGCUGGUAUGGAUGGUGUUGUGUGCGGUGCAUGUGGGCUUGGUGCUGUUGGGGCUGUUCAUGAUGGUCGGUGGCACGUAUGGAGUCGUGGUGCAGAUUCGCCAGGCGUAUAGGGAUGGGAGUGUGGAUGGGGUGUUCUCGUGCGCUGAUAACAGUGGGACGGUCUCUUGAUCGGUUAUAAGUAUGCUGAUGGUUGGUUAUAUAAGAGGGAGCCCUCUAUCAGCAUGGUUGAACCGUGCGUAUAUGCUUAGCAUUGGAUGUCUGUAGCGGUCAAAUUCGCCUGCGAGUG